AUGGCGCGCCAACUCACCUUGCAGACCGCUUAUAAGAUGAACUCGGGGUAUGAUAUUCCGGCGCUCGGAUUUGGGGUAUACGAAACUCCUGCAGACAUCACUACGAGUGUUACUCUCAAGGCACUAGAAACAGGAUAUCGCCAUAUUGACUCUGCAAAAGCAUACCGCAACGAGGCCGAAUGCGCUGAAGCCAUCAGGAAGUCUGGAUUGAAGCGUGAAGACAUAUUCUUCACCACUAAAGUUCCAUGGAGGUCUCUGGGGUAUGACAAAACCAAGGAGUCCAUUGACCAAAGCCUGAAGGACGCGAAAGUGGACUAUUAUGAUUUGAUCCUUCUUCAUGCUCCUUACGGAGGAAAGGAGGCUCGCGAAGGUGCAUGGCGUGCCCUCGUCGAAGCCCAGAAGGCUGGUAAAGUUCGAUCAAUUGGUGUAUCCAACUAUGGGAUUCAUCACCUCGAAGAAUUAGAGGAAUAUAACAAGGCUAUCGGUGGUAAAAUCGACGUUGGCCAAUACGAAAUUCACCCCUGGGUUCCUAGAAAGGACAUUGUUGAAUGGCUUCGAAAGCGCAACGUUAUCGUCGAAGUGUACAGUCCUCUUGUCCGUGCAAAGAGAAUGGACGAGCCAGUCUUGCUCGAGUUAGCCAAAAAGCACAACAAGUCUCCUGCCCAGAUUCUCAUCAGGUGGAGUCUGCAAAAGGGACUGGUUCCGCUUCCGAAAUCUGUCACUGAGUCGCGUAUCAAAGACAAUGCCGCUGUCUUCGAUUUCGAGCUUUCCGAAGAGGAUAUGGGAACUCUCGAAACCGAUGAAUACCAAUUUGUUUGCUGGGAUCCAACCACCCAUAAGGAUGGCGAUCCCAUGUAA